ACUAAUAUAUGGAUGAUUGGAAUAACUUGUGGCUUGACUUGACCUGUUGUCUUAUUCACACAAUAUUGUAUAUACACCAAGUAUAUCCAUUAGUAGAUACCUUUGAACGUCGUGAAAGAUGGGGCGCUGUAGUUUACUUUUGUAAAAGUCCAAUCGUAGCAGAUUAUCUAAACCCCAUUCUACACGAUAUCAAAAGUUACUUUGCAAACGGUUUAUUGCGUAGCAUCCGCAUAUCUUUAUCGCAUCCCAACAAACAAGUCAACUAUCAAAUGCAGUUUCCACAGACAACACCAAAAGUUUGCACAGUAGAUGUUAUAUUAAAGUGGCAAGAAUUGUUUCGGAAUGCACUGUACAAGUUGCUGUAUGUUGGACAAGCGUCUUCGUUAGUAGGUACGUCUACUUUUCAGAUUUAUCUACAAGUCGUAGAUAAUAUGGAACAACAACAACAGUGGAAGACAGUAGUUGGUGACCCUUUUGUAGAGCACUUGGCAAGUCCACUCGCAAAAGUUACCCGGUGAAUACUCAUUUGCUAUGGUUUACAGGGUACCCAAAAGUGGGAAGUUUUGUAUUCUUGUGAAAUU